AUGAAGGAUCAGACUCUUAUAAUCAGUGUAAAUUUUGAUGAACACCUGUCUCAGAGACAAUAUAUAGACGAGGGCGAUUUCGGUAUUGUAUGGCGCAUUCCCUGGGGGAAACAAUAUGCAAUUUUGAAGACAAUGAAGAAGAAGAAAAUCUCUGCAAAGGCCUUCAGGACAGAGCUUUUUAUCAUGGAAAGACUUAAUGGUGCAGGUGGAGCUCCGAGACUACUCGGCGUUUGCUACAAGCCAAGAGCUAUAGUGAUGUCUUUCCGGGGCGAGUUAACACUCUCAGAGGCUAUCCGGGAAGAUAUUCCAGAUUGGCUUAUCAUAUAUAUUGUUUUGAAAGUUGGUCAGUGCCUGCGCGAGCUCCACGCUCGUGGAGUUAUUCAUAAUGAUAUUCAUGCCCGAAAUGUAAGGGUGACCCUCUGUCAACAGAAGCUACCUCAAGUAUUUCUAAUUGACUUUGGACAGUCAAUCCUCAGACAAGAUGCCCUGUUGACCUUGAGUCAAAAAACCCGAAGAAAACUGGAGACCAAACUGCACCCAAAGAAAAACUUGACAUAUUCCCGAGAUGUGAAGGCUCUUGGGCUGAUGCUGCUAAAUAUUGUUGAUAUAAAAAAUAUAAAUAUUGAAUCUAUAAAAGAAAUAAUUGCAAUUACAUGGUCCAGUAUGUGUGAGCCAGCGCCCCUUGACGAUAUUCUACUGAAGCUAAACUUAGUACUUGCUAUGAUUUCAAGAUAA